AUGGACCCAGCGUUGCAUAAGGCGGCGGUGCAAGGGAGCGUGGCAAGCCUGAGGAAGCUGGUGGCCGAGCGGCCCGGCAUCCUUGGUUCCAAGACGCCCCAUGGGAACACCGCGCUGCACAUCGCGGCCGAAAUCGGCCAUGCCGGCUUCGCGGAGGAGGUCCUCGGUGCGGACUACAAGCUGCUCGCCACAAGGAACGCCGAUGGCGACACGCCGCUGCACCUGGCGGCCAGGGUAGGUAAGGUGGACGUGGUGGAGCUGCUACUCAGCCGCGCCAGAGCAUGGUCUGCAGAGCAGCCGCAGGACUCCCAUGGGAGCGAGCAGGGGCCGGUGCUCAUGGCCAACAAGGCCGGCGACACCCCGCUGCAUGAGGCGGUGAAGCACGGCAGGAGCGCCGUGGCGCUCUUGCUGUUGGCCGCCCAGCCCAGCCUAGGCCACGCGCUCAACGUGAAGCAGCAGUCGCCGCUGCACAUCGCCGCCGGGGAGGGCCUCACCGACGUUGUGGCCAAGAUCAUCGGCCAGCCCUGGGUCCACGAGAGGUUUGUCCCAUCUGACUCCAUGAGCAGCACCGCCUUGCACCAGGCCGUCCUCGGCGGCCACAUCCGUGUGGUGGAGAUGUUGCUUGACGCGACGCCGCAUGAGCAGAUCGGGCUGACGGACUCGUCCGAGAACAACGCGCUGCACUACGCGGCGCAGAAGAACAACGGCCGCAUGGUGAAGCUGCUGCUGAACCGGAAGAUGGACCUGGCCUACAAGCGCAACCGCGACCUGCAGUCGCCGCUGCACGUCGCCGCCUCCUACGGCUCGACGGAGGCCAUGGUGGAGCUGCUGAAGCAGUGCCCUGACGUGGCGGAGAUGGUGGACAGCAACGGCAGGACAGCUUUCCACGUCGCCGUCACCAGCGGCAAGGUGGACGCCCUCAAGUGCCUGCUCAAGCAAGUCCGCCCCGAGGAGAUCGUCAAUCGCGUCGACCACCAAGGCAACACGCCGCUGCACCUAGCCGCUGCGCUGUCGAGCAUAAAGUCGGCGCUGCUCCUGCUCAAGGACCGCCGGGUCAGCCCCUGCGUCCUCAACCGGGACGGCCAGUCCGCGCGCAGUCUCAUCGAGAAGCGCGCCACCACUGAGGAGUUGGACACCUACGAGAUGUACCUGUGGAAGAAGCUCAAGAAGUCCGAGGGUUCCAGGUGCAAGAACGUGCCGCUGCCGCCUCCUCCCGCGUCUUACCGGUCGCGGCGUAGUCAGGGCCAGGCGGCUGGCCACGACGAGUUCAACGUCACAAUGCUGGUGGCCACACUGAUCGCCACUGUCAGCUUUGCCGCCACCUUCACCAUGCCGGGGGGUUACAACCAGACCGAGGGCACGGCCAUCCACGGCCACAAGGCGGCAUUCAAGAUCUUCGUCGUCACCAACACUGUCGCCAUGUGCAGCUCCAUCGUCGUCGUCUUCUGUCCAACCAUGUGGGCAUGGCGAGAGCGGGAGUGGGAGCGGAGCCCAGUCGAGCACAAGGUCUACCAGCUCAGCUGGAGCCGCAGGCUCAUGUGGAGCCGCAGGCUCACAAAUGUCGCCUUCCUCGCCAUGCUCGCCUCCUUCAUGACGGCCGUCUACAUCACCGUUGCGCCCACCGCGAGGUGGCCUGCGUACCUUGUGAUCGCCAUCGUAGCCAGUACUCCCAUUGUGGUGUUCCUCACCCUUUGGGAAGAGAUGUAG